GCUUGGGGCAGUCGAGCGAGCGAUAUGGGUGGGGACGGCCGGACCCGGCCCCAUCAGACCAGUUCCGCGCCUCCGUUCUUGUGCUUUUCCCUCUUCGAGUUUUCCCGCUUUCCCGGGCUCCCGGCUUUUCCGCUCUCCAGGCUCGCGGUGAUCCUGGUCACGCUGGCCGGCUCGGUGACCAUGAGGAACGACGCCAGGCUCGCCAAGCCGGACCCCCCCGCCUUCAAGCCCCCCGGCCCGACCAUCCCUGGCCCCGCCACCGACGCCUUGGUGGAGGAGCAGCUGCGAAAUUUGGACGGGAUCCGAAAAAGCGCGGCAAAGUGCGAGCUUAGCCUGGAGCACAUUGGGCGCAAGUUGGAGGGCAUCGAGUUCCGGCUAUCGCGUCUGGACGCCACCGUGCAACAGCGCAUGGACAAAAUGAAUGGGACUUUCCUUAACAAAGCGCUGAAAGAAGACCUGGCUUUUGACCAACUCUCCCGAAAAUUGGAUGCACAGUAUGAGAGGAUCAGCAGAAAAAUUGGAUUUCUGGAAGCCGCAAACGACAGAUUACAGACGGCAUCCGACAGCAUACAAAGUCGAAUCGAACUCCAAGAGCGGAGCAUCAAGACGGAGUUCUCGAACAUCUCGGCCGCUCUGAACGAGACCAACCGUCACAGUUUGGAAACGCGAAACAAACUCAUGCAAUCUUUCCAGAAUUCAACACUGGCACAAGAAGAAAAACUAAAAGUAGCCAUAAAAAAUUUGGAGAGCAAAAUCGGGAGUCCAAACUGCACUGUAUCAUCAAUUGGUCCGAAGGAUUCUACGAGAGGAACCAGCGGAUCGAGUGAUCAGCCACCCAGAAGAGAGGGCGGUGACAGUUUAGCAAUGAAUUUAAUAAAAAAGGUGACGGCCUUGCAUGAUGAAUUUAAGCGUCACGGUGACAGAGUGGAGUCAUUAUUACAAGAAACAUUAUCAAUAGCCAAUAUCACUAAGAAGAAAAUCGUACUGCUGUCGAAUGAGCAAAGAGAGAUGCAGAAUGAAUCUUCUCAAAAUUACAUGGAGGUGGCGCUUGAAGCACUCUUAAAUCUAGUGAAGAGGAGGAUGAGUGAACUGGAAGAGCAGAUCGAAACCAAGUCUCACGAUCUGAUGAACGCACAGCAAUCGUUUACCAAAAGUUGUAACCGAAUACAGGAAGACGAGGAACGAAUAGAGCUUCGACUUACAUUUGUACUAGAAAAAAUUCUGGACACCUGUGACAACCGGAGUGUGGAGCUGAACGAGCAAGUUGAAAAGCUGGUGGAAGAACUUAAAACACAAGGGAGAAAUACGGCGAAGAAUAUUGCACACACGAACAGUCUGGUAGUGAGACUGGACGAGGAAACGAGCUCAAAAAAUAAACACAUUGAGGCCUCUCUAGCAUUUGUCACCGACAGUAGUAAUCAAAUUCGAGCAGAUAUUCAGGAUCUCCGCACGAACAUGAAUUUCCUCUUGAAUGAAACUACUUGCACGAAAACAGACGGAGACAGUUUUGUGGAUCAUCUGGAAUCUCAGGGCUCUGAGAGUUACGAUAAACUCAGCGAUGGCAGUGAAAUGGCAGAUGGAGAGGAUUUCAGUGAGGAAGAUGACAGUGAAAAUGAAUUUGACUCACACGAUGUGAUAAAAGAUGAGAAGAUCAAGAAAAAUAUCUAGGUACGGUCAAUUGAGCACAGCACAAUAUCGGCGAUUUGAACGAAAAAAAGUAGAGAGAAAAAAAAACAAGGAAAUUUUUUCUCUAACCGUUCUCUUGAUUUUCCAUUUCUGAUCAUUUUAGGUAAUUGCAAAUUUUCAUUACCUCUUGACCAGGAAAAAACACUGGCAUUUCAAUAAAAAACUACAUUCCUUACAGACAAAGAAUCCGUCAUUCAAAGACCUGGAUGAGUAGCAAAUAUUCAAAAAUCUCUGUUAAUCUUCUUGUUUCUUCAAUUCAGAUAAGCAGGUACUUGUAAAUAACUGAAUAUUAGAAUCGUAUCACUUUCCUAAAUCAAAUUACGUGUUACUGAUAAUUAUGAGUGUUCCUCAAGACAAAAAUGAUUCUACUUCAAAGGGAUCAUAAUUAUUGAUUAGUGUGUUAUCACGGCAUUUCAAUAUGGUAUUUGUAUAUUUUGUAUGUAGCUAAUAACUAAAGUUACCUAAAUAUUGUAAUUUAUUUUUACAAUAGUUAUCAUUUGAUAUGAGAUUUUCCUUGCAAAUAAGUUUUUC